UUCUUGACUCUCGUUUCACUUCCGAAUUGUCGUUGUCAUGCUGUCAAUUUUUUGAUUACUCACGAAGUUGCUGGCCAGUACAUUUUGUUCUGAAUUAACCAUCAAAAAUAUAAAUAGUAACUUAUUACACAAGUUUGAAAUCUAAUAAUUCUAAGAUGUUCUUAACUCGUUCAGAGUACGAUCGUGGAGUCAACACAUUCAGCCCCGAAGGAAGGCUGUUUCAAGUCGAAUAUGCCAUAGAGGCUAUAAAACUCGGUUCUACCGCGAUCGGUAUUUCAACUUCUGAAGGUGUUGUUUUGGCUGUUGAAAAAAGGAUAACUUCGCCCUUAAUGGAACCAACUACUAUUGAAAAAAUUGUAGAAGUUGACAGACACAUUGCUUGUGCUGUUUCCGGGUUAAUGGCGGAUUCCAGAACUCUAAUAGAGAGAGCCCGAGUAGAAUGCCAGAACCAUUGGUUUGUAUACAAUGAGCGCAUGAGUGUUGAGUCAUGUGCACAAGCUGUUUCUAACCUGGCUAUACAGUUUGGAGAUAGUGAUGAUGAUAGUGGAACAGCUAUGUCCAGGCCAUUUGGAGUAGCUGUUAUGUUUGCAGGUAUUGACGAGAAGGGCCCUCAGCUUUUCCAUAUGGAUCCAAGUGGUACAUUUGUCCAAUAUGAUGCUAAGGCCAUUGGCUCUGGUAGUGAAGGUGCUCAACAAAGUUUGAAGGAAGUGUAUCACAAGUCAAUGACCCUCAAAGAAGCGAUUAAGUCUGCACUAACAAUUCUGAAACAGGUUAUGGAAGAAAAGCUAUCUGAGAACAAUGUAGAGGUUGUUACAAUGACACCAGAGUCGAUGUUCCACAUGUUUACUAGGGAGCAACUUGCCGAGGUCAUUAAGGAUAUACCUUGAACUUUUAUACUAGGGAUAGUCAAAGCAUGGUUUAGUAUACAGUUUUGUUUAAUUUAAUACUUGGACCUAAGUAUUAAAAAAAAUGAAGAAAACAAUAAAAUUUAAAUUUCAGUCAAAUUCAUACAAACUGAAUUCUCUCCAUGCUGCAACUAUCUAUUAUAUGUAUUCCGGUAGUAUUUGAAGUAAAUUGUAUAAUUUGGAUAAGUAUUUUAGUGAUCAUGUAUUUACCUUCUUACUUAUAAACAUUGUUUAGCUUGUGUUUAAUUAAACACUAGUUUCUCUCUUUCUGUCAUCAUUAAUUUUACAUUAGAAAGAAGAAGACAUGGUAUAGUUUAACCGAUCACCCCCUAAGCAACAUUUAUAAGUAAAAUCAUUCAUUUGUAUGGUUAAGUAAAAUGUAUUAAUUGGAUCAUAUUAUUUUGAAUAAUGUUAGAACAUUCACAAUCAAGUAUUUAUCAAUAUUUUUUAAAUAUGAUAACAUCAAGAUUUUAGACCGUAACACCAUUAAAAUGUUUCCUUUAUGCAAUUUAUUUUAAAUAUUACUCCGGUGAAGGAGUUUCUAAGAAUCUUAAAGUAAGUAAUUGAUGUUUAAUAAAACUUACAUCAAUA